AGAGCUUAAAUGUAACAAUAAAUAUACAAAUUGGUAAUGGUCUUAAGUCUAUUAGUCUAUGCACAACGGAUAUAAAACGCGCAUACAUAUGGCUUUUACACACAAUAAUAAUAUAAAUAUACACAACCAUCUCUCCCAUACACAUAUUUCUUCCCAUCGUCACUAGUCACGACCACACAAACAAAAAAAAUAUAACAUUUAGAGAGAGAGAAAGGUACAGCAGUGGCAAACUCGUAAAUAAAGAAUGUCAAAAGAUUGCGGUAACCACGGUGGUGGCAAAGAAGUAGUCGUCCGGAAACUCUGCGCCGCCAUAAUCGCCUUCAUCGUAAUAGUUCUAAUCACCAUCUUCCUAGUUUGGGUCAUACUCAGGCCCACUAAACCAAGAUUCGUCCUCCAAGACGCCACCGUCUACGCCUUCAACCUCUCGCAACCAAACCUCCUUACUUCAAACUUCCAAGUCACAAUCGCAUCUCGUAACCCUAACUCCAAGAUCGGAAUCUACUACGACCGUCUCCACGUCUACGCUACAUACAUGAACCAGCAGAUCACUCUACGUACGGCGAUUCCUCCGACGUAUCAAGGCCACAAAGAAGUCAACGUUUGGUCUCCUUUCGUCUACGGGACUGCGGUUCCCAUCGCACCUUACAACUCCGUCGCUUUGGGAGAGGAGAAAGAUCGUGGAUUUGUAGGGUUGAUGAUACGCGCCGAUGGGACCGUGAGGUGGAAAGUGAGGACUUUGAUCACCGGAAAAUAUCAUAUCCAUGUUCGGUGUCAGGCGUUCAUCAAUCUUGGAAACAAAGCUGCUGGUGUUCUUGUCGGUGAUAACGCCGUUAAGUACACGUUGGCUAAUAAAUGCAGUGUGAACGUUUAGAAAGUUUGACGGCGUUAAGUUGCUUUUUUUCUUGAAAUUCACCAAACUUCUUUCCACCAACAGGAUACUAUUUCUGUUUCUACAUAUCUUUAAGAUUUCACUACUUUUUGGUUGUUAUUAAGCUUAUUGUUGAUUAUAGAAUUAUUACAAUCACGAAGGUCAGUGGUUGGAUUUAACUGUAAAUCCACUUUAUAAAGUUGAAAUAAAAUGGAGGAUUGGGUUUUGGUUCUUUUAUAAAAAAA